AAUAUUUGGGGCUUGAGCUAUUCUUUUAUAAAUAAAUACCAACUCAAACCCCACAAAAGAGAACACAACAAUCAACAAGCAUUCCACCUCCUUAUGGAUCUCCUUCGGACUAAUAUCAGAAAUCACUACAGAACAGAACGGUGACAGCGAAUCUUGGUGAUAAUUUAGGGAUUCAGAAUCGUUUUUUUUCACGUCUCACUGUAUGAACUUUCGGAUUUAAUUCAUUCAAAUGAGUAUUGAACCCUUUAAUCGAUUGGUCAAACUUGCGGCUAGAGCUUUCUACGAUGACAUUACGACUAAAGGCGACAAUCAGCCCAAAUCCGGCAGAAGUGACAAUCGAGGAAUUGCGGUGGUCAUUCUAGACGCACUCACAAGGCGGCAAUGGGUGAGGGAAGAAGACUUGGCAAAGGAUUUGAAGUUGCACACAAAGCAACUCCGGCGCACCUUGCGUUUCUUUGAAGAAGAAAAGCUCAUCACGCGAGAUCAUAGGAAAGAGGGAGCAAAAGGUGCAAAAGUAUACAAUGCUGCAGUUGCAGCUACAGUUGAUGUCCUGCAGAAUGGGAAAGAAGGAGAUGACAAAAUAAAGAUGCAUACUCAUUCUUAUUGCUGCCUGGACUAUUCUCAGAUAUUUGAUGUCGUGAGGUACAGACUACACCGAAUGAAGAAAAAGUUAAGAGAUGAGCUGGAUAACAAAAACACAGUGCAGGAGUAUAUAUGUCCCAAUUGUGGGAAAAGAUAUACCGCGUUGGAUGCAUUGCGGUUGGUGUCUCCUGAGGAUGAGUACUUCCACUGCGAAAGUUGCAACGGGGAACUAGUGGCAGAGAGCGACAAGUUAUCCUCUCAAGGGACUGUAGAUGGGGAUGAUAAGGAUAGGAGACGGCGUCGUGAAAAAUUGGAAGACAUGCUUCAUAGGAUGGAGGCACAACUCAAACCGUUGAUGGAUCAACUUAACAGAGUAAAAGAUUUACCUGCUCCCGAGUUUGGAAGCCUUCAAGCGUGGGAAGUGCGAGCCAAUGCUGUGGCCCGAGGUGCAAAUGGAGAUAAUGCAAAUGACCCUUCAAAGUCAGGACAAGGAUUUGGUGGAACACCUAUGCCUUUUGUUGGAGAGACAAAGGUUGAAGUUGCUUUCUCUGGUCUUGAAGAAAAAGGAGAUAUCAAAUCUGAGAUUUCAGCUACACCAAUGAAAGUUUUGCCUCCAUGGAUGAUAAAGGAGGGAAUGAAUCUUACAAAGGAGCAGCGUGGAGAGGUCAAGCAAGAGUCCAAUAUGGAGGGUAGUUCUGCUGCAGCGGGGUCAUCUGACGACAAGAAGUCCAUAGAAACUGAGGACGUGAAAAAUAUAAAGGAUGAAUAUGUUAAGGCAUAUUAUGAGGCUCUAUUCAAGCGACAGAGAGAGCAAGAAGAAGCUACCAAAAGUUUACAGGAACCAUCAACUACAGAUGGAGUGGAUAACACCUCUACUGAGCGCCACGUCGGCAUGAAAUCUAAACGUGAAGAGGAGGAUGAAGGAGAGGAUAUUGAAUGGGAGGAGGCCCCACCUGCAGAUUCUUCUUCCUCCCCCCCCUCUUCCCCAGAGAGAGGGGAAGAUGACAUAGAUAUGUUUCAGGUGAUAAUACAACUGGAAAUUUCAAGGUUGACUUGAAUGUGCUAGCAGAUGCUUCAGGAGAUGACAACGAUGAGGAAGAUGACAUAGACUGGGAGGAAGGUUGAUGAUCAAAGUAAUCCUUAAGCCAUGGAUUACUUCAGGAGUCUAGCCAUGAUGUUACCCAUGCUAUGGCUGGAGAAGAAAAGGGGCAAAGCGGACGGUGCAACUGUGACAGAAUGAUUAAGCUAUGUGAGUGCGACAAAAUUAGAGAAGAAAACUAUUUAAGGCAAAAUGGUUGAAGCCGGCAUAUGGGUUUCGUCAAUGGAUGCUCUAUCUGGUUUCAUCUUUCUCGAGUUAUUAUUCUUCAUGAAAGCAAUUUUAGGUGUCGUUUUGUUGGUUACAUAAACUUGCAGCAAGUGGGUGUGGGUCUUUUUGUCGAAAUGGAAUGGCAAUUGCUUUGGAUGACGGAAAUAAAAGAUUGUUGAAGGAUCAAUGUAAUACUAACUUUAGGUACACGAUCUUCUCGUGAACACUGUAUUUUAUAUCUACCUUGUUUCCAUUUUCCUCGGCAAUGGUUUUAGGGGUAGCGGAUUUGUUCGCUGUAUCAUACAUCAAAGUUAACUAUUGGGAGCCAGAGAAAUUAUAGUAAGAAAACAGUACGCGGACA